GUCUUCCGUCGUCCAUAUAUACCCUGUAGAACCGAAUUUGUGUGAUGAAACCAGAGUCACAGAUUCGAUUCUAGGGGAGUAUAUUGUCGAUGAAAACACUUCGAUGUAUUGACCACUUGCUGUCCAAUUAGCAUCUCUCGCUUGAUGCAGCCCGGCCAAUCACAGUGUCUGAUUGUUCAUCCCUCAUCUGUUAACAGUUACAUUAUAAACCCAGUUGGAUCAAAAGACUUACACAUGUCGGCAGAUAUUAUUGAUUAUUCGUUAUUAGGCCUGUAUACAAUUGUGAAUUAUAGGCCUUCACCAAGUAGAGAUAAAGGCAUAUCAUUAUAUUUGGUAAAGGACAGAAAUAAAUGAUGCAUUUCAAUAAACAGGGAACAUAAUGGUAUUAUUUAUUCAUUAUUUCAUUUGGUUUUCCCUUGGAAGACCUUCUCAUCGGGUCGCUUCUGUCCUAUCAUUGAUUGUCAGGGCGACGGCAGUCCAGAAGUGGUCUUAGACAGUGUGUGUGAAAGGAGACGAGCAGAUGAAGGGAUGAGAUUCGUGUAACUUUUGGAUGACCCCUUCCCCACAAAGACUCUGCUCAUCAAUUGUCCUCCGUCAUUAUUCGCCCCUUUUAUGCCGCAGGGCUUUUGUAGCUUUUGUUGGUUUCUCGCUGUCCAACUCCAGCGUUUCAGUCGGACGCUGUUAAAUAAUAUGAAACAUAUUCUUACAAGAAUAAAACGAGCAAAAGUAAUUUGAUGGAGGGGCUGUUGAUACUCAUAAAUGAUGUUGUUUAUACUGGGGUUGCUGCAUGGGGUUAUGAGUGUGUUUUGUUUUAUGUCGUCUAAUUAUUGCUUAGGCAUUGUUUUUACUUUCUAAAUGCAUUUACUGAAACCAAUAACAGGAUAAAUUCUAGAAUAGUUGAAUUUCUCUCUGAACUAGUUAUAUAAAAUUGCUUAUCUGUGUAUGUUUACUCGUUGAUGGGAUUGCAACCCCUCUAUUGGCCGACAUGGUCACAUGGUCUGCUAACUUUAUUCAGUUGACACCAAGUAGGAGGGCUUUAUGGAGGGUGGAAAAAAGACAACUCGAGAAAAAUUAGUAUUUUCUACCUUCAGAAAUUAAUGGCCAUGAGUUCGUAUAUGGUGAACUCAAAAUAUGUGGACCCAAAAUUUCCUCCUUGCGAGGAAUAUUCACAGAAUAACUAUAUAUCCGACCAGGGCUCGGACUUCUUCAGUCCAGCGCAGGACACAGACUUUCAGCAGCACCCAGGGCUCUACACACGGCCAAAUUACGCGGAUCAGCCCUUCAGCUGCACCACCGACGUGCAGGACGGCGCGGUGCCGCCUCGGGGUCAUGUGCACGACGCGGCCGACCGCCCCAGCCCGUUCACCGGCGGCCGGGAUGAGCAGAGUUCCCCGGUCCAAAUGACCGGACCCCGGACUUGUGGACAGGAGCAAAACACAAAGAGCCAAAACGGGAUACAAGCCAAGCUGCCGGCUGUAGUUUAUCCCUGGAUGAAGAAAGUCCACGUAACUACUGUGAACCCGGAUUACACCGGAUCCGAACCAAAACGCUCCAGAACAGCGUACACCAGACAGCAGGUUUUGGAACUCGAGAAGGAAUUUCAUUUUAACAGGUAUCUGACUAGACGGAGGAGGAUUGAGAUUGCACACACUCUUUGUCUCUCGGAGCGGCAGAUCAAAAUUUGGUUUCAGAACAGAAGAAUGAAAUGGAAGAAAGACCACAAGCUGCCGAACACCAAGGGCCGCUCAGCGCCGGCGGCCAGCCAUAUGCAAAGUAUUCCGAAGGAGAACCAGACUGAUAUCACAACUUUAUAGAGAGAAGUUCAAUUAACUGUACAUUAUACAAAGAGUGUGUUUGCCUUUUGCAUGGACCUGAGUCGUUUUACGCAAUUUCUAUUCAACGAACUAAUGACCCAAGAGGAGAUGAUGCAGAAUAGAAUCAGAAAUCAACCCCUUUACCCUCCAGGAGAUACGAGCAUCGGGCCUGUUUUAGAAGGUUUAAUCCUUCAAUGGGCACAGUAUUACGCAACAAACUUUAGAUUUUUUUGGAAAUAUAUAUAAAAAGCAUUAAUUUUAUCACCGACUAUAUUGAAAGUAAUCACUCGUGUCCACGUGCAUUGGUUCUGGGCUGUGGAUUUGCUCGAUGCGUGGGGUUACAUUUUCUUUCUUCAAAUUAUACAUUUUAAAUAUAUAUUUUUCUGUAAUGGAAAUACUCCAUACUUAACGAAAUAUACUUGAAACAUUUUUCAGUGGCACCACAACUCAGAAACUUAGUUCAGUAAGUCCGAUAGAGGCCUACACAGAAAUCGUUUCUAUGUAUUACAUCGUUUAAUUUAUUUUGUACAACAAUGCAUUGAGUAGUUGAUAAAUAUCGCCCAAACAUUCCGAUGAUAUUCGUAUCUGAACACUAUCCUGAGUGCCCUUAAUCGGUUAUAAAUCUCUCUUGACAUCUUUGUAAACAGUGUGUAUUUUAAAAGGUUCGUCCAUACCGCCUUAAACUCGAAAAAAGGUAUGUUGUUCUUGCAUGGCACCAAAAUAAUGCUCCUUAGAUUUCUCUAAUUCGAAUGAUAUUUUUCCAGAAUAUUUAGAAAAACGAAUUCAUUCCUUAUUCCUUUAAGUAUUUUUUUGUUAUUUAUUUUGUCAAACAAUUGUAUAUUUUCGUGUAGCAAGUUUAAAUUUAUUCGAUCAAUGUUUUUUUAUAAUUGUAAAUGCAUUGGAACUCUUUAUUAGCAUGCCAUUUACGCAACUCCUAGUCGACGUUCUUAGUUAACGUCGAAUCCUAAUCAUUGACAUCCAUUCACACCAAACGAACCAGGGGCUUUGGCGUCACGUUCCGAGACGACUACUCAUGUACUCUCCCACCACUCUCCUAGGAACAAAACGACGAUUGUUAUAAUAAACUCUUCAGAAUACGCGCUGUGGAGGGUUAUAGCGAUGAGAGGCGGAGAAGGUAUUUAAGUGAAGUUCGACCAUGGCAGCCGUGCAGGUUCAAGCAGGGGACACUUCUCCUGCAGCCUGAGACACAUUUCAGCCGCGAGGACUGACCCCGGGUACCUGACCUCCAUGCAGCCACAGCAUUUCUCCCACACACGCGAUGCGCGCUGAUUGUAAGAAAAGAAAAAAAACAAACUAAAACCAAGGAUUUAUAGCUAUUUUCCAGUGAAUAGAUUUCACGAUUUUAAAGGUAUUGAAAUAUUUAUUUGAUCAGCUGCAGACCUGCAUCGUUCCAAUGAAUGCAUUUGUCCCAUGUCUCUUUGUUAUUGUAUUUUAUUUUUGUACCUGCGUUUUACAUUGUAUUGUGCAUCCAGAUGUGAAAGUUAUAUUGGAAAAUAAAUAUUUCUACCAACUAUUGAGUUAAGUGGUUACAAAUCAGUUAAUUAAGAAGCAUUUGAUUAAACAGGAUAUGGUUAUAAUUCCCAAUCCCCAUUCUUGUAAAAUCAAACUAAUAACUUCUGGAAAAAUACUUUUAUAUACUGAGUAUAAUGUAAAGGCAGACCAAUAUAAAUGUUUUGCAUAUUGCAAUUAGAAUAUCCCUCGUUGCAGAUGUCUUCCAAAGAGCGGCAAAAACCCGAAGGCUCAUAGAUUUAAUGUCCAGACGUUCAAUGAGGAGAGGAGAUGUAAUUAUUGAAGAUAGGCCUAGUUAUUCAUGUACAAUGAGUGUAGCUGUAAAAUAUUGAUAAUUAGCCCUGUGAAGGACUUGUUUCCAUGUCUAUGAGAUUAGCAGGCACGUUUUUGGAAAAAACGUUUAUAAAACUUGAUAGAAAGCGUUCUGGGAGAAGUUGGGAUUUGUUUGAAUGUUUUAUUGGUUUCAGGGAGGAUAAUAGGCUCAGUAUUCAUACGAUGGGGAUAUUUCACAUAAUUAAGAUAAUACACUUACGGGAGAAUGUACAACCGCAAUACAUGAGCCUACUCAGCAACACAAACACGUACGCGAACUAACAAUACACACUAAAGCCCAACUGUCAUAUCCUACACUGUAGGAAUUUAACACACGAUAGUACAUUUAAUUCCCAGUGUCACUCCAUUGGCCUGUGUGGAUAGGUCAAUUCGUUUUAAUGGUUCUCUGCAAACACCCAGUGUUGCCCGCACCACUUUUAUUAAAUUGCGAAACUUGAUGGUUAGAAUAAUAAAUAACAUCGUGUUACAGGCCUACAAGCCAGUAACGACGCUUAAUUCUGCAUGUAGGCACUGCCCUGAUGAACAAGCCACUCCGGCUGAGUCCUUCAGGGCGGGAAGACUUCGAGUAUCCCUACCAGCUUGGCAGGGGGUCUUGUCUACCUGGCUUCUGGAAGAUCCAGUCAGAAAGACCUGUAACUUCACCACAAUACGUCUUCACUCAGACACCGUGAGGAGCACGGCGAGAUGCAGCCUGACGUUUGAAACAAAAACAUUUCCCUUUAAAUGUUGGGCAGUGUGUCCGUCUCCAUGACUACCAACAGGCCUGGGCUCGCCCGCGUGCAGGAUAUAUGGGCCGCCGUGACACUCCUGUCUGCUCAUCCAUGCGUGUGGCUUUGUAGUUACACGUGCACGCGCCUUAUGGCUCCUGAAUGAGCCGCGUAAACAAAGGUGAUGGGUACCAACCGCCUGUAUGCUGGAGAGGCGACAGCACCCUGCACAUUGGGGCGGAAA